UUUGAAUUACCUUGAUGCUGAAAUGUAUUACACAAAUCAAUUUGCCUUGCCUUCCCUUAUUUGUCCUAGAUAUGCAAAUGUAAGACAGUUAUUAAGGAACGAACUGGAACAUGAAGGAAUUAAAUACAUGGACUUCGAGACAACCUUUGCAAACAGCUCUGGAAAUUCAGUUUUAAAGAAUGUCGUCACUGAUCUACAAAACAGGACCGGUAGCAAGGACAUAAGAACAAGGUAAUACGACAGGUGGUGGCGAUAGUGCUCCGUCUGGUUGCAAUUUACUAUUAGUGGAAGAAGACGACGAAGAAGACGACGAAGCAGAAGAAGAAGAAGAAGAAGAAGAAGAAGAAGAAGAAGAAGAAGAAGAAGAAGAAGAAGAAGAAGAAGAAGAAGAAGAAGAAGAAGAAAAAGAAGAAAAAGAAAAGGAAGCCGAAGAAGAAGCCGUCUAGCUCAAGCUCCACCUCUUUGGCUCUGCAGCGAGCACCACUCGGGAGAGUGAGGACGUUGUAGCCGGCUUGGGUUUGUCGGGGACUGGCGUAAACAUGGCGUUCAACUUUGGCAGCGCAGCGCCAAAUCCUGCAGCAAGCACGUCUGGAUUUUCAUUUGGUUCAUUUGGUGCCAAAACCACCGCAUCAACAAUAUUUGGCUUUGCACCCGCUACCACCACCACUGCCUCCUCGGGAUUUGGUACUCUUACAGCCCCCGGAUUUGGGCCGACUACCACCACAGCAGCCACAGGAUUUGGGUUUGGAACCAACACCAUGGGUAACUUUAGUGGCUUUGGGACUACUACAACAUCUACUGCUGCACCAGGGUCCAUUUUCAGCUUUGCAAAUCCUCCCAAUACAACAGGUGGACUUUUUGGCAACACCCAGAACAAAGGGUUUGUGUUUUCCUCUGGUCUUGGUACUGGCGCUGCUACUGGGGCUACAGGAUUUGGAACUGGUUUAGGAACAACCAGUCUGGGUGGGUUUGGGGGCUUCGCUGUCCAGCCAUCUCAGCAGCAGCAAGGAGGCUUGUUUGGUCAGCAAGCCCAGCAGCAAGCUCAGGCCCAGCCCACCCAUCUGUACCAACUGGUCACUGCUCUAUCAGCUCUCAAUUUACUGGGUGACGAACGUGAUGCCAUCUUAGCCAAGUGGAACCAGCUGGAGGCUUAUUGGGGCACAGGCAAAGGCUACUACAGCAACAACAAUCCGCCUGUUGACUUCACCCAGGAAAACCCCUUUUGCAGGUUCAAGGCAGUGGGCUAUAGCUGUAUCCCAAGGAGUAAGGACGAGGAUGGUUUGGUGGCCCUUGUACUCAACAAAAAGGAGGCUGAUGUUCGAGCUCAGCAGCAACAGCUAGUUGAGUCCCUCCAAAAAGUCCUGGGAAGCAAUCAGACUUCUACAGUCAAUGUGGAUGGUGUCAAAAUCCUUCCAAAUGACCAGACAGAAGUAAUCAUUUUUGUGGUGGAGCGUUUUGCCAAUGGGACAUCCAAACGGACUCCUGCCAGCACUCUUCUAAGCUACUUUGAGCAGGUUAACAUCAAGGCACAGCUAUCACAACUUGGAGUGGUCAAGUCUAUAAUACGCUCAGAGCUCUCCCAAGAACAGGUGAAACAGCUUCUGCAAAAUGCCCCAGUAGGUGUUGACCCUGUAAUUUGGGAACAGGCAAAAGUUGACAACCCAGACCCUGAGAAAUUGAUCCCAGUGCCCAUGGUAGGUUUUAAGGAGCUGUUUCGUAGACUGAAGAUCCAGGAGCAGAUGACAAAACAGCACCAGACCAGGGUGGAUAUUAUUUCCAGUGACAUCAGUGAACUGCAGGAGAACCUGGCUUCUACAGAUAGUAAAAUUACCCGAUACAAGAGAACACUGAUGGACCUCGCUCACAGAGUGCUACAGGUACUGAUUAAGCAGGAGAUCCACAGGAAAAGUGGCUAUGCUGUCCAGAUGGAUGAGGAGCAUCUCAGGGUGCAGCUGGACACUAUCCAGUCAGAGCUCAAUGCCCCAACACAGUACAAAGGAAGGUUGAAUGAACUAAUGUGCCAAAUCCGGAUGCAGAAUCCCCUGGAAGCAGUAGGGUCAGAGGAACGCUAUGGUAUUAAUGUAGACCUUCUCAAAGAAAUCAAAAAACACCUGAAGCAACAGCAGGAGGCUCUAAGUCACCUAAUCAGUAUCAUCAAAGAUGAUUUGGAAGACAUCAAACUUGCAGAGCAUGGGCUCAGUGACAGUGGACACAUGAGGGGAGGUUAUCUCAGAUGAGAACCUGUCCCCUUGGCUUCACCGAACACAAACGCACGCCCUCCCUCUCUCUUUUAAUAUCAGUCCUCUACAAUACAACAGGCUUGUUACCCAAAAUUUCCUAAAAACCAGGUGCUUUGUUAAGCCGCACAUUGUAGAAUGAUAGUGGGGUUAAGCAACUGGCAAUUUUGGAGCAUAUUUCAAUCAAUUUGUGACGUUAUGAAGUGUAUUUAGUGUUUAUGUAUACAUUUGCAUUUUAUGUCUAGAUGCUGAUAUUUGAAUUUACCUUUCCAUGGUUUUGUAAUAAAAUUAAUUUGAUCUUGAA